AUGAUCGACACCCGUCCCGAAAAAGUCCUUUGGGCCAAAGAGGUUCUGAGACACCUGUCCACCCGGACCCUAGAUGAACAAAUCGAUGCGGUGACCGGGCCCCUGGAAUCCAUUCGACACGGACUCCAGGCUUUGCUAUCAGUUCUCCCCAUCUAUGCUGAGGGUGCCCUUCGCUCUGCUAAACUGUUGGCCGAUGUCUUGACAACGGUCAGGUGCACAGUGGAGUCCGGCGGUUUGAAGGGGGACGAGGAACUACAAAUUAUCGAGAUGGGGCUUCCAACCUAUCCACAAGAGCGCUACGAACCCAUGUCCCAAAGAAUCCAACUUCGUGGGCCGGCUAUGAUUCGCAGGGAGAUCUCGCAAGGACUUGAUGCCUGGGAUUCUUGUGCAACAAUUCUGUGGUGCCCUGCCGUUAGUGCUUGUCACUGGCACAUGUCAAUCCUCAUGACGGCAUUCAAAGAUGUUCUAGCCUUCGUGGAGAGUGUGCAGUGA